UGUUUCAUGCAUCAGCAUCUCCGUCGCUUUCUCUCUGGGCCUGUGAAGAAACCAGCAACCAUGUUGAAGAUACUUGUAAUUCUAGCAGCAAUCACAGGACCCGUGAGCUGUGUGAUUGUGAGUAUGCCAGAAACCUCUGUGAACACAACCGUUGGUGCAAAUGUCACUCUUCAUUGCACAUACAGAGUGGAGCUGCCUGCAUCUGGUUUGUACAUUCAGUGGAGCUUCUACAGUCACAAACUGAAGAAACGUCCAACAAUUUAUUAUCGGCAGGCAUCCACAUCGGAUUCUUAUGGGCAGUUUAAGGGUCGCAUUCAAGGCAGCACCGGAAUAGGAAAUGCCUCAAUAACCAUCUCCAACAUGCAGGCAUCGGAUUCUGGUAUUUAUAUCUGUGAAGUUUUCAACCCUGCAAGCCAAAAUCCCCAGGGUGAAAAAACAGUGUCUGUCAGCGUACUAGUUGCCCCCUCCAAGCCUCACUGCGGUUUUGUUCAAAAUAAUGAGGCUGAAAUUGGCCACGCCAUCACCCUUUUCUGCUUUUCUGAAACGGGGAUGCCUGAUCCUAUAUACAUCUGGCACAGAGUAUCAGGAGAUUCAGUCGUACACGUGACAGGGAACUACAUUCCUCAAAGUGGUCGCUUGGUAAUAGGAAACCUGACAAAGUUUGAAGAAGGCUACUACCGUUGCACAGCUAUUAACUCUCUUGGAAACAGCAGCUGCCAAAUCGACCUCACUACAAAACAUUCAGAAGGUGGCAUUAUUGUUGGAGCAUUAAUUGCAGCAAUUCUGGCAGCUGCUCUGAUUGGUGUAAUUGUUUGGGUUGUAGCCUCAAAGGAGAAGGAAAAGAAGAAAAAAGAGAAAGCUGCAAUCAGUGAAAUGCAGACUGUGACUCAAAAAGAGCCACUGAAUGUUGCCUACGCUGCUGUGCCCAGCCAAGAAAGUGCCCCACUGGCAGCUGUUCCACCAAGCAAAGAAUCUAUUGAGACCAGUGAAUACAGCACCCCAGAGGAGGUUGAGGUUGUUGCCAUGCCUGAGAAUGCGACACAAGAAAUGGGGCACCAACCAAUUGCCUAAAUUUUCCCCACAACAUUAAGGGAACCCAACAGCAACUUGUCCAGUCACAAAUUUAUAAAAAGCACAGCCAUAUUAACCACUUCCCCCAGUGCAGCAAGGGCUUCUACAUGCAGGUCCCCUUUUGGAUCAGGGCCUGCAUGCACAAAAGGCUUCUCAGCAUCUGAUUCCCUUGGCUGUAUGUGAACAUCCAGGACCCAGAACCAUGCAUGGCAGCUUUGUCCCCUGGCCUGGGCCUGCAUGCACAUCACUGCACAGUAUCUAUCUCACCUUUCCCCUCCAGCAGGUUAGCAGUACUGAUCAUCUUUCCAAUUGGUGUGUAGGUUUCAGAACUGGAGCCCAGGUCUUUAAGGAGUUAGAGACCCCUUGCUUUCAAACAGCUAAAGAAAGGCAGGUACUAUUCCUUUAACACGUGUUGCAAAUGUUGCACCUAUGCUCUUGUGUGGUCUUGCCUUAGUACCCACAAAACCUCUGACCCCUCCCCUUCACUGUCUUCUUGGUUAUGAGGUGGUCAUAGUGGCUAUCUUUCCCCCCUCCCCUUGGAAAAAUACACAGAGCUGAAGGAGGAAGUUGGAAGAGCAGCCCUCUUCGCCACUCCUUCAAUCAUCUCUAUAGUACUUUCCAGGUUCAGAUUAAUUCUACUGAAGUGCCCAGAGAGUCUGGAGCUGAUAGCACACACUUAAAAAUGCAAAAUGUACCCAUGGCUUAAGGUUGCCAAACCCUACUUUUAAGAUAUAUGUAAAAAUCAUAUUUUUAAAGCACUUACAGACUGGAUGUCUUUCCCCUUUUAUAACAUGAAUAUAAUUUUUGGAUGAAGUAUUUAGCUAUUAGUUUAAUUUUCCUUCUUUCUUGUACUGCAGCAUCUAUACUAAAAAGUCUGUAUUUUUUCUGUUAUUUGCUUUUAUAGAAUAAUUUGUUACCAAUGAGUAAUACACAUUUGCUCUCCCACUCAGCUGUGAUCAGUGAUGUAGGGUUACUCUUUCUAUCAGGGUUGUGGGUUUGAGCCCCAUGUUGGGCAAGAGAUUCCUGCAUUGCAGAGGGUUGGACUAGAUGACCCUUGGGGCCCCUUUCCAAUUCUACAUGUGUAACAGGAUGAGGGGUGAGAGAACUGCAGUGAUUCUUUUGUUACUCCAAAACAUAAUAAACUUUUGU